GCUACCAUGGAUUGGGCUAGUGAUGGUGCAGGAUAUCCGAAUUCAUGGGGUUUUAACUGGGAGGACACCAAGCCAUUGUUCCGGCCAAUAACGAGUCAAACCAAAUGGCCCUAUCAUGGCACAGCUCUUCUCUAGUUGCAAGGGUGGACAAAGAUUAUACAAUUCCGAGUUGAUUCAUUAUUAUUAUUAUUAUUGCUCGUUGCAACUCAGGAGUCGGCGCGACAAAUCGAAUUAACUACCUAGGUAGUUAGGGUUUGUCACAUGACCGCCUAACUGGUCCCAGCGAGUUAGAGAUAUGGAGUUCUGUACGGAGUACAAAGUACAGAUUGCUAAGGACUGUUAUGCAGGACUCUGCACCCACCUGCGUUGGGGCUGUGACAAGAAGAAAUGGCUGCACUAGAAAGGAGUUUCUUUGUUUCCUGUUUCGGGCCGCCACUCGCUGACGCGCCUCCAGCGAAUCUCAUCCCAUCUCCACGCCCACAGCGCGAAGCCUCAGGGGUAUUUCUUUGAUGUUAAGCUGUAACAAAUUCCCUGUACCCCCUACCCAUGCAGCUCUCUCUCCUAAUGCCCAGCUAGCACCCGAGAAAUUCUUUGGCUUCGAUUUAUUUACCAGUCCCUAGGUCCAACUGAGUGCUACCCAACAUUGUUGACCCUGGAUUGCCGGGAUCUUGUGGCUCCUGUAUUGCCUUUGCCAAUCUUGCAGGGAUUGCUUUGUACGAGCUGGGUCAACUACUAUCUACGGAUGUAGUCAAGACGGAAUAUCAACGUGACAACCAGUUCUACCUCUUGGUAUUGCUCCCCAAUGGAUCAGAGUCAUGGCCAUAGGCCCGUGCCCUGCUGCUUUAAACGAAUAUUCAAGAUUGCCCGCGGCGAUUAACCUCAUACCGGGGCUGAUGUGAUUAUUGGCAUCUAGAACCGAGUCGACUAUUUCUGUGGUUGAGUUAGCUGCGAGUGUGUUAUGAUGUUGGCAACUAGGGUUCUGAACAUGGCUAACUGUAAAGUUGGCCCAUCUUGGAAUUUUACUUGUGGAAUCUAGUUUGGUUACACAUUGCCUUUUCUUCAAAUGCAGCGUGACUACCAGGUCGGCUGGCUCAUGCUCAAUAUGCCUGCACAACGGACGGCUGUGCUCUUUUAAUCUGCCCGAUAUUCACCAGCAAAUAACGGCUGCCACGUAGGAAAAGGCCUACAUGGGUUCCCGAUUCACCUGUGAAGAAGAAGCCCCCUCUGCCCUCCCCCAUCUCCAUCACACGGCCAGGAUUCCUCAGAGCAGACGCUGUACUCUUGGCCAUAAUGAGAUGCCUUCAGUUAUUAGCCCAGUCGCUCCCGCGGUUUCGAAACUUGAUCGUAUGGCCCCCGAGGUCCACAACCUUGACCCGGAUGGCGAUGUGAUGCUUAUCAUGACAAGAUACCUCGAAUGUGAGAUUAUAUCUGAAUUAGGGGGCGACUUUGACAGUACUGUCACAAAACAGAACGGCCCUGUCGCUGUAGACACAGAGCUACCGAAUACAGCAGAUCACAAUGAUAUACUCACUUGCGAGCAAGAGGUUUUGGUACGAGCUUCUUCGCGGCAUUUAAUUCUUGCGUCUACGGUUUUCCGUGCCAUGCUUCAGCGCAAAUUCAGCGAAUGUAACGCGCUUCACGAAACCGGGAGCGUUGAAAUCCCUCUUCCUGCCGAUGAUCCCGAUGCCUUUCUUAUCAUUUUGAAUAUAAUCCAUGGCUACAUGCGAAGGGUUCCAACAGAGCUCGACCUUGAUACAUAUACACAGGUUUCAGUUCUAGCUGACAAGUAUGAUGUCCACGAAGCCGUCGAGAUUUUUGCAAAUUUCUGGUUCGAGAAACUCAAACCCACCAUCCCCCAGACAUACACGGAAGAUAUCCCCGGGUGGAUAUGUAUUUGCUGGGUAUUCAACCGGCCCAAAGAAUUCAAACACCUAACUCGACUCGCACUACGACAAGGCAGGCAGAAUCUUCCAUUAGGAGACCUUCCUAUUCCCGCAUCCGUUGUUGAUGCAAUCAACAGUCAACGCAUCGACUCUAUAUCCCGCAUAGUUUCCCUCCUCCACGCCCAGCUAGCAGACUACCUCGAGAAAGAGCAUUGCAGUUUUGAAUGCGACUCGCUCAUGCUAGGGGCCUUGACGAAACGGUUGAAAGCCCUUCAUCUCUUCCCCAGCCGGCCGGACCCUCCCUUUACGGGCCUCUGCUUUGAGCAAUUCGCCCACCGCUUCAGAGAUGGCUUGUACUUCCCGGCCGCCCAACGCACAAGCACUUAUUAUUACGACCAUGCCAAAUGUGCCAUUCCGUCAAUUGAACAUACGCUAAAGAAGUUUGAUGAGCAGCUGGCAGGCUUGGAAUUAACUGAGCAUAAGCUGUUAUCGUAGUAUUUUAUCGUGUCGUUCUCGGCCGCUUUCCGUUCUCUAUCGACUUCGGGAUGUGUUUCCUUCAUUACCAUCACGAUUUUCUGGGCUUUCGAUUAUGCAUGAUGACAUGCUCCUUUUCAUCCCAACUUUUCGAUUUGCUGGUCUUGCUUGGCCAGGUUUUGGCUGCAUAUUUUGUCGCUCUAUUGUUCUGCACUGCACUGCUCACCCAUUAUCACUACAUUUCGAGCAAUGGCUUCCUUCCUUUUCAUACGUUUUAUUUCCCCCUUCUUCUGCUUAGCAGGCAAGGCGUUUCAAGGAAUUUCGGAUCUUGGUUUUAAAUCCGCCACUCCCGGCUCCCCAUCUGCAUGGCUUCGAGGUCAUCUAUCCAAAGAUUAACCAACCACCUUUUUUAUCUGACGGCUCUAUUCUCAUUCACACUUUUCUCCUCAAUACUACAUAUAUCGGAUAUACGUGUCGCAUGCCAUGAUAUUCUCCCUAACAAGAUGGAUCGUACUCCUCACAAUUUGCAAGAGAAAAAAAAAAAAAAAAAAAAAAAAAAAAAAAAAAAAAAACAUAAUACCACCUCCCAGGCAUGCUAUGCUACACAUGAACCACCACUUACUCUAUCUAAAACCCAUCACAAUGGACGAAAGAAUCAUUCGAGACCUGUCCUGCCUGUCCGUUUGCUCCGUACACCAAACACCUACAUCCUUUUGACACAUAUCCCCGGUCCUCCACCAUUUAUGCAAUGUAAUAUGCGAAUAAAAACAAAACCAGAGCAAGAUGUUUAAACCCGUUCGGGCCCCGUUCCUGUAUCGUUAUACAAAAUAAUUCGCCCGCCACCUAACGUCGGUAUACAGCUAUAGGUAGUGUAAUUGAACCGAACUCAACAUCUGCUCGCCCGCGUACUCGUAAUCCAUACAUUAAAUGAAGAAAGUAUCAAGGCAGUGCUACCUACCACACACAUGCACACUACCCGCCGCCCCCCGUUCAUUCCGCCCGUCCUUUCAGAUCCUCAUCCUCUAUUUUCUCCUCCUGCUGGACACCAACUAGGUUACUUACUACUUUUAGAGAGGAAAACAUGGGCACCAAUCACCAACCACCAGCUCUUCGGAAGGUUGGAAAUCGAAAUAUGUCUUCUCCAGCUAGGCCAGUCCAACUAGGGACGGGCGGGGGUGGAAGACAUGACUACCUUCAGUAUUUUUGGGCUUUUUUUGCCAGUCCCCUCCCUCCUAUAGGAUCGUUCUUUAGAGAGAUGCAGUGACAUGUAUGUGUAUGUAUGUAUCCGCCCAUGAACACUGACAUGUAGAUGUGCAUAUAUGCUUUACUUCGGAAAUACGCAGAACUGUAGAAAGGUAUAGUAGCAUGAGGGGUAGUUAGUACAUUACAUCUUCUUAUGUUACUUACUAUAUGUAUAUCCACGGUUGCAAUGGAAGCGCUGGAGUACACCCGGAGCAGUAGUGUGUGGAUGGUAGUAUGAUGUGUACGAGUAACCUUGAAAGUAAGUAAUUGGAAUAUAAUGCAGAAAUUGUAUUGGUGAGGAAUGAAAGUUUUAUUGUUUACUUGAAUUGUGGAGAUCUGCUACUCAUGAGGACGACUUCUACC